AAUGUAUAACAUAUCUAUAUUAACUAUUUAGUGACAGCUGUCAAGCAGUGAGGUAGCAUUAAUAAGAGGAAAUGAAGUGAUAAAUCGCCUUUUAUCGACGUCUUGUUGUGGCUCUCAAACCACCAAACAGUCGAUUCAAAUCCGCCACACAAAUAAAAAAGGUUUUUAUCAGCGGUUAUCUAUUUAAUCUAUAGAUUGUACAUACAAUACAUCAAUCAUUUAAAUACAUUGAGUUUAACAUAAAUAAUUUUUACAAUACAUAAAGGAUGACAAUGGGAGAUGAUACACCAGUUACAUCACUUGUCCUCCCUGUGAUAUUACGACCAAUAUUAUCCAAGUUGGAAGCUCAAAAUAUUGCAGCAGCUCAAACAUUAAGAUCAGCGUUAUCUAAAGCUGAGAAUAAUCACCCAGGUAUUACCUAUGAUUUGGUACUAGGAAUUGUUAGAAGAGCGGAAUUAAGUCUUGAUAUGAAUGCUAGUGUUCUUCGUUUACAAAGUGUAGCCUCUGAUUGUGAUGCCAUAGAAUAUCGUUCCUCAAGAUCAGAAGACGCAUUCCAAGAAUUAAACCGUAAAUCGUCGGCUUUAAAAAGAAUAUUAAGCAGGAUCCCGGAUGAAAUAUGUGAUCGGAAAACAUUUUUAGAAACUAUCAAAGAAAUAGCGAGUGCAAUCAAAAAAUUAUUAGAUGCAGUUAACGAAGUAACGGCAUUCAUACCUGGCAUUGCUGGCAAACAAGCUUUAGAUCAACGUAAAAGAGAAUUUGUUAAAUACAGUAAGCGUUUUAGUAAUACGUUAAAAGAAUAUUUUAAGGAAGGACAAGCAAAAGCCGUGUUUAUAAGUGCGUUAUUUUUGAUCCGACAAACAAAUAUGAUAAUGGUUACUGUAAAAAAUAAAUGCGAAUAAUAAAAAAAAUCUUCCGGGCUGUUACAGAAAUUAGUAAUAAUAAAUAAUAAAUAAAAAAAAUAAAGAAUAAUAAUUAUCAUUGCCCAAAAUAAAGUAUAUGUGAUCUUCGGAUCAAAACCGUGGAGAAAUGGUCAAUCCGACUACUAAUAUAUAUAAAUAUAUAACAAUGUUCAGGGUAACAAAAUAAAGAAAAUAUUAAUUUGUACUUUUCCUUACUGCAUCAUCGUGUUAUUUCUUAUGUAAUCGUUAUUUUAAAAAAUAUAUGUAUAAAAUAAUAAUAAUAAUAAUUAUAAUUAAU